UUUAUUUGUUGUUUAUCCGGCGCUGCUCUCGGUGGUUGUUUUGCUUUUUUUUCUUUCUUCUUAGUCCAGAUCAGUAGCAUGUCUCAUGCGACGCGUCGCUUAGUGCAUCCAACUUCCAUCACCCGCGACGAUCACUUCGACAGUUAUCCAUUCUGCAUUUUGCUCUGCACUCGAUCACCGUGUUAAGCUCCCAUUCUCGAUAACUAGACCGUAUGUUGGUAUCGGACUCUUGCACUCUCUCUCACUCUGUUUGCCAAUCCUUUGGAUGGUGAAUGUGGAAGUGAGACAAUUAGCCAUCAUCCAUCGUCGUCUCGCUGCACUGAUUGCCAAUCCCGACGCACUCCCGCGUGUCAUCCAUUGCAGCCAAGAGAGCUGCCGCGGUACGAUCGCACAAUCUCGCUGGUCAAGUGUUCAGUGUGAACGCGAUGCUGCCGGCGAUCGCUCACCAUUCCCACUGUGCUCUCCAGCUGCCGGGAGACAUCACUAAUUUGUCUCACAUCCGCCACACGACCAAUUCGCACUUUCACUGACGAUCGCGAGUGAUCCUCCCCGCGUGUGAUCGUGCAGGUGCUUACGAAAUUGUGAUCGCACCGCAUCUUCCGCCAAAAAUUUGUUAUUUCCGCCGCCAGUUUUUGAAGCAACAAAAAGUGCCAACGUGCAUUUUGUCAUCCAUCCACCUCCAAUGACUUCAGUGACUUCCUCCAAACCUCUAGUAACAGAAAUGUCUGUAACCUUGAUCCUCAUCUAUAUUGUGGCAGCAUUUGUACUCUGUUUAUUCUUCCGUAACAACCUCCUGCAUGCUAUCAUCAAAUACAAACAACUUGAAACGUCUCAGGUGACGAACGAUAAGGAUAUCUACAACAUUCCAGGACCCACAAGAUUUCCAAUUGUGGGCACAAAAUGGAUUUACUUUUGGCAUUACAAACUGAACCAAUUGCACAGCGUCUACAAAGAUCUCAACCGCCGAUACGGACGGAUAGUCCUCGAGGUUGGAGAUGGUAUCCCAGUAGUUCAUCUCUUUGCUAAGCAAGACAUCGAAAAAGUCCUCAAAUACCCCAGCAAAUAUCCCUUCCGUCCACCCUCGGAGAUUUUUGUCUACCACCGUAAAGCGCGGGCGGACCGUUAUUCAUCCUGCGGGAUAGUUAAUGAACAAGGAGAAACAUGGCACAAGCUCCGUUGCGGACUGACGCCCAACUUGACCUCUCCAAGGAUUCUUAUUGGAUUCCUGCCAAUUCUCAAUGAAAUAUGCGACGACUUUAUUGAGCUGAUUAAGAUCAAGCGAAAUGAGGACAACAUCAUAGUGAAUUUUCAGGAAUUGGUCAAUGCAUUGGGUCUAGAGGCGCUCUGUGCCCUCCUUCUGGGUCGUCGGAUGGGCUUUCUGGCGGAAAAUCCCUCCGAUCAGGUGAAAAAUCUUGCCAGCGCUGUAAAGGCGCUGUUUAUAACUCAGAGAGAUUCCUUCUUUGGGACAGGGUUGUGGAAGUACCUACCAACAAAGACAUGGAGGGACUUUGUGAGGAGCGAAGAUACCAUUUACGAAACAAUAUCUUCAAUAGUGGACAAAGCGCUUGAUGAUGAAAAGCGCGAAUACAAUGAUUUGGAUGUGAGGAACAUUUUCUACAGCAUCCUCUCAACACCCGAAUUGGAUGUGAAGGAUAAGAAGUCUGGGAUCAUUGACCUCAUGACGGCCGGAGUGGAAACCCUUGCCCAUACUCUUGCCUUCCUGCUGCAGCAUCUCUCCCAGAACUCAACCAGUCAAUUGCAGAUUGCCGAUGAAUUCCGCAACUGCCCACAAAUCCUAACAAUGGACAAUCUCGCCGAAGCGAUGUACACUAAAGCCUGCAUACAGGAAUCUUAUCGACUGUCACCCACCACAUUUGCGAUAGCCCGAGUCAUCGAGGACACAAGUGUAUCCUUGUCUGGGUAUAACCUACGCGCCGGAACCUUUGUCCUCUGCCACACCAUGAUCGCCUGCCAUUCCGAGGAGAACUUCAGGUAUGCCAAUCAUUUCCUGCCCGAACGAUGGAUCACAGCAGGAAAGGACAAUUCACGCUUCAAUUUGCGACAUUCACCCAAUCUCGUCCUGCCCUUCGGCAUCGGACGGAGAUCAUGUCCGGGAAAACGUUUUGUCGACAUGGAGCUCACUCUACUCAUUGCAAAGAUCAUUAGAUCCUUUCAAGUGGAAUACUGCAGUGAAUUUGACGCUACAUUUGAGUUUCUUCUUGCACCAAAGACUCCUGUCAAUAUUCGUUUCUGCGAUAGACGUUAAAAUUCCUAUGCUGUAAAAUGCCUUGCAAUAUCAUAUUUCAUACUCAAUCAGCAACAGAAAACAUUAAACAAACAAAAAAUCUGUAUAAAAAAAAACGAGCGAAAGGAAGAAAAAAUGUCAAUAUUUUGUAGUGAUGUAAUGCAUUUUUUAAAAUAUAUAUUUUAUAGUAAAUUUAA